UACACCGCCGUAGUUUACGGUCCGAAUGAUUUACGUUUGGAAGAACGUCCAAUCCCUGAGCCGGCGUUCAACGAGGUGCUUCUCGAGGUUGAUUGCUGCGGAAUCUGCGGUACCGAUAUUCAUUUCCUCAAAGAGGGCGGCUUCGGUGCCCAAAUACUUAACAAGCCGAUCGUGCUGGGUCAUGAAUCGUCCGGAGUGGUUCGAAAAGUGGGUAGGCACGUGACUCAUUUGAAAAUAGGUGAUCGGUCGGCAAUCGAGCCAGCGGCUGGUUGCAGAAGUUGUGAUCUCUGCAAAAAUGGAAAGUACAAUGUUUGUUUGGAUGGGAAGCAUUGCACCACACAGAAACAUGACGGAAACUGCUCCAACUACUAUGCACAGUACGCGGACUGCUGCUUCAAAUUGCCAGACCAUCUGACCAUGGAAGAAGGUGCCAUGCUGGAACCACUGUCAGUAGAAAUCUAUGCUUGUCGUUGGGCUGAUAUUCGACUAGGAAAUAAGGUUAUUAUAUUCGGAGCCGGUCCGAUCGGGUUGAUGUGUCUGAUAGCGGCCAAGGCGAUGGUCACCAGAACGGUUGUGUUGGAUCUUUGUCGUGUAAAGCAUCGAUUGAACCUAACUCUGAAAUUCGGAGCCGGUGGAGUAAUUGCGAUCCAAUCGGACGAUAAAGAGGAUAAUCUUAUACGUAGAAUUCACGAAAUUUUGGGUGGGCCAGCGGAUCGUGUACUGGAAUGUACCGGAUCACAACCUGGCAUGCGUAUCUCCAUAAAGGGUACUCGUAAUGCAGGAAGAAUUUGUCUUGUUGGGCUAGGCAAUGACGACGUUGAAUUGCCCAUGGUAGAUGCCGUUUCGAGAGAGAUUGAGAUCACAACGGCAAUGAGGUUUAAACAUGACUUCCCAGCGGCACUCGAGAUCGUUUCGAGUGGCUAUGUUGACAUUAAGCCUCUGGCAUCACAUCAUUUCGAUCUCGAGGAUGUUCACGAAGCAUUCCGUGUCGCGUGUCAGGGAGAGGGAAACAAAGUGUUGAUACAUAUCGUUCCAAGAGAUACUAACAAUAAGAAUAAAGGGUGUGUCACAUCAAAUUGCAUCACGGAAAAAACGCUGUAGAAAUUCGCCCAGUAGAUCCUUUUGAAAAUUUUAGACAGUAAAAUAAAAACUAUUAAAUAACUUU